AUGAAUGACGCCAUGAUGCUGGUGUGUCAGUUGAUUGGCGAAGGCCAGACGUUGGCCUUAAGGACUCAGGCUACCCUCCCAGUAAUCCAUGAGCUCCCAUCCUCUCAAGAGGAGGCCUUGCCAGCCACCGAAGGCGAGGAUGAGGUGCCUCUUGUGCGGAAAAUGCGAGUUCCUGAGGCUGUUCGGGAACCUAAUUUAGAUCAUGCUGCGUUAGGGGCAGAAGACGGCCCCUCCGGCCAAUGUAGCCCAUAUCCCUAUAGGAAACUAGAUAGGGUUGUUGCCGAUUUUAGGAGGGUUCCUCCUCCUCCUCCUCCUCCGCCCCGAUAUGUACCUCCUCAAGCCCAAGUGAUACAAGGUGAUCCUCCAGCUCCCCCUGUCCCAGCUGCAACCGUCCAAAUACCAGUAGAUCCCCAGGAUCUAAAGAAAAUCCCUGAAGCCUUUCAGGGGAUCAUUUACGAGACAGCAAGCCAUAUGGUGGGGCACGCCUAUAGGGCCAGCUCGAGGGACUUUAGGACUAUUGAGGAGCGGAGCCCGGAGAAUGUCAUGGAGUCUUCUAUGGGGAUGAACCUUACUUUUGUCUUGGCUCAAUAUCGUAGUAUAGCCCGUGUAAGGGCUAGAAAUGAUGAGCUUAGGGCCGAAUUAAAUGCCGGUAAUACUACCUUGACAGCUGCUCAAGAAGCCGAGCAGGUCACCAAAACUGCCUUAGCGGCUGCUCAUAAAAAUGAACACGAAGCCAAGGCUGCUCUUGUCUCAUCCCAAGAAAGUGAGCUGGCUGCGAAGACCGCCUUGAUUGCCCUCCAAGCUCAAAAUGCACAACUUCAGUCCGAGGAAGAACUGACCAAUCUGAGGGCUAAUCAGGAAAAUGUGGCUGAAACGAUGGCAUUGCAGCAUAGAGAAACUGAUAGGCAACGCUAA